GCCGGACCUGAUAGACAUGAAUACCGUUGCUGUUCAAAGCAACCUUGCAAAUUUAGAACAUGCUUUUUUUGUAGCAGAAAAACUUGGUGUUGCUAGACUUCUGGAUCCUGAAGAUGUUGAUGUUUCCUCACCUGAUGAGAAGUCAGUCAUAACUUAUGUGUCAUCACUUUAUGAUGCAUUUCCCAAAGUACCAGAAGGUGGUGAAGGCAUUGGUGCAAAUGAUGUUGAAGUCAAAUGGGUUGAAUAUCAGAAUAUGGUGAACUACCUCAUGCAGUGGAUCAGACACCAUGUCACGAUAAUGUCUGACAGAACAUUUCCCAACAAUCCUGUGGAAUUGAAGGCACUUUAUAAUCAAUAUUUGCAGUUUAAAGAAACAGAAAUUCCGCCAAAGGAGACAGAUAAAUCGAAAAUUAAACAUCUGUAUAAACUGCUAGAGGUCUGGAUAGAAUUUGGACGCAUCAAACUUCCUCAAGGCUACCAUCCAAAUGAUAUAGAAAAAGAAUGGGGAAAGCUUAUUAUUGCCAUGCUGGAAAGAGAGAAGACCCUUCGGCCUGAAGUGGAGAGGUUGGAAAUGCUGCAGCAGAUUGCAAACAGAAUUCUGCGGGACAGCCGGAGCUGUGAGGACAAACUAAUACUUGCCCGGAAUGCUCUGCAGUCUGACACCAAGCGAUUAGAGUCAGGGCUCCAGUUCCAACAUGAGGCAGAGAUAGCUGGGUAUCUUCUUGAAUCUGAGAACCUUCUCCGCCAGCAAGUGAUUGAUGCCCAAAUUCUUAUUGAUGGAAAAUACUAUCAGGCAGACCAGCUUGUGCAAAGGGUUGCAAAACUUCGUGAUGAACUGAUGGCCAUACGGACUGAAUGUUCUUCCAUGUACAACAAGGGGCAUGGGUUGACAACAGAGCAGACAAAGCUGAUGAUAUCAGGAAUAACCGAAAGCUUAAACUCAGGAUUUACAACAAACCUAACCCCUGAAUUAAAUGCUGCAAUGACCCAAGGUUUAACACCUACUUUGACUUCUUCCAGCUUGACAUCUGGCCUUUCAUCAGGUCUUACUUCCAGACUGACACCAACCAUCACUCCUGCUUACGCACCAGCCAUCCCACCGCAGUUAAUUCAGAGCUAUGUGGCAGGAGUAGACAGUGGGACUCUGCAAACACUCAAACUGGUGCAAAUCAGAAAACCUCUUAUGAAAUCGGCUUUUGUGGAUCAGAAUUUAACAGAAGAAGAGGUGAACAUGAAAUUUGUCCAGGACCUGUUGAGCUGGGUGGAAGAAAUGCAGGUGCAACUUGAUCGAGCAGAAUGGGGUUCAGAUUUACCAAGUGUUGAAAGCCAUUUAGAAAAUCACAAAAAUGUCCACAAAGCUAUUGAGGAAUUUGAAUCCAGCCUUAAGGAAGCUAAAGUCAGUGAGAUAGAAAUGACUGGCCCUUUUAAACUCGAUUAUGCAGAAAAAUUGCACAAACUGGAGAGUCAGUAUUCAAAACUCUUGAACACUUCAAGAAAUCAGGAAAGACGUCUAGAUACUCUUCACAAUUUUGUAUCUCGUGCUACUAGAGAGCUGAUAUGGCUGAACGAAAAAGAAGAGGAAGAGGUUGCAUAUGACUGGAGUGAAAGAAACUCCAAUAUAACGAGAAAAAAGGAGUACCAUGCAGAAUUAAUGAGAGAACUUGAUCAAAAAGAAGACGUUAUUAAAUCAGUACAAGAAAUAGCUGAGCAAUUGCUGCUUGAAAAUCACCCCGCCAGGCUAACCAUUGAGGCCUAUAGAGCUGCAAUGCAGACACAAUGGAGCUGGAUUCUUCAGCUCUGUCACUGUGUGGAACAACAUUUGAGAGAAAAUGCUGCAUAUUUUGAGUUUUUCAGUGAUGCCAAAGAAGCCAUGGAAUAUUUAAAGAAUUUGAAAGAUACCAUAUACCGAAAAUACAGUUGUGAUAGAUCAAGCAGCCUUCAUAGGCUGGAAGACCUUGUCCAGGAGUCUAUGGAAGAAAAAGAACAACUCUUGCAGUACAAGAGCACAGUAGCAGGCCUUGUGGGGAGAGCAAAGGCAAUAAUUCAGCUGAAGCCAAGGAACCCUGACUGUAUACUCAAAACAUCCAUCCCAAUUAAAGCCAUCUGUGACUAUAGACAAAUUGAGAUAACAAUUUACAAAGAUGAUGAGUGCGUAUUAGCAAACAACUCUCAUCGUGCUAAAUGGAAAGUCAUUAGCCCGAGUGGUAAUGAGGCCAUGGUUCCAUCUGUAUGCUUUACAGUUCCUCCACCAAACAAAGAAGCAAUAGAUACAGCCAACAGGAUUGAACAGCAGUUUCAGAACGUUCUGGCCCUUUGGCAUGAGUCACAUGUGAACAUGAAGAGUGUGGUGUCCUGGCAUUACCUGACAAACGAAAUUGAAGCUGUUCGAACUGGCAACGUUGCCUCGAUAAAGACGAUGCUGCCAGGUGAACAUCAGCAGGUUCUAAGCAAUUUGCAGUCCCGUUUUGAUGAUUUUGUGGAAGAUAGCCAGGAGUCCAAAAUCUUCACAAGCUCUGAUACAGCACAGCUGGAAAGGGAAGUUAAUGUUUGCAAGCAAUACUAUCAAGAGCUUCUGAAAUCUGCAGAAAGAGAGGAACAGGAAGAAUCUAUUUACAAUCUAUACAUCUCUGAAGUCAGAAAUAUCAGACUACGACUGGAGAGUUGUGAGGAGCGGUUAAUACGGCAGAUCCGAACCCCAAUGGAGAGGGAUGAUCUACAUGAAAGUGUGUUUAGGAUUUCAGAGCAAGAGAAACUGAAGAAAGAACUGGAUCGACUGAAUGAUGAUUUGGGAGUCAUCACAGAUAAAUGCGAAGAGUUUUUCAGUCAAGCUGCUGGUUCACCUUCAGUACCUACUCUGCGCUCUGAGCUCAGUGUUGUUAUUCAGAACAUGAACCAAGUUUAUUCCAUGUCUUCCAUUUACAUAGAUAAAUUAAAAACUGUAAAUUUGGUGCUGAAGAACACCCAAGGAGCGGAAUCUUUAGUAAAACUGUAUGAAACUAAGUUGUGUGAAGAAGAGGCAGUAACGGCUGACAAGAACAAUAUUGAAAAUCUGAUGGGUACAUUAAAGCAAUGGAGAUCUGAAGUAGAUGAGAAAAGACAAGUGUUCCAUGCUUUAGAGGAUGAACUACAGAAGGCAAAGAUGAUCAGUGAUCAGAUGUUUAAAAUGCACAAGGAACGUGAUCUUGACUUUGACUGGCAUAAAGAAAAAGUUGAUCAGUUAGCCGAGAGGUGGCAAAACAUUCAUUCUCAAAUUGAAAAUAG